UAGUGACGAUUGUCAAUUUAUUCAGUAGUAUUUUUUCGAUGUUUAUGUUCAUUUCGUUCAAAAUAAAUUGAAUCAACUGAGUUUUUUCGUUGAAAUACUUUGUUUUAAAUUUUUGCUGUAAAAUAAUCGACGCACAAAUUCAAAGAGCAAAACUUAAUGCAACAAGUGAAUCAAGAAGAUCAUUCAGUGUGACAUGAAUUUGUAUGUGUCAACGAAAUUAAAAUAGAAAUUUUUUUUUUAGAUAAUUUAAAGUGGUUUGGUUGCAAUUUAUUUUGACACAUAAUGAGUGGACUGCGACGAAGUACUCGUGCAACCACGUCAACAAUCAAUGUUAAAUUGAAUGAGAAAAAUGAAAUCGAAUACUUUAAAGUUGAAAACGAAGUGGAAGAAAUUAUUGGUGAUGGCGAUCAUGUUGGGGUAGCUAACGAUGAUGAUGACGACAUGCCCGAUGAUGCUGAGGAAGAAGAGGAAGAGGAAGAGGAGGAAGAGGUGAUCGUAAAUGCCGAUGGGACAAUGUCAAUAAAAAUUCCAGAAAAAAAGAAAAAAGUUCCAUUACAUCACAUUUGUGCCAAGUGCUCCAAAGUUUUAUCAUCAAGCGCUGCGCUGAAAAGACAUUUAAACUUAUGUAAAAAUCUUCCAAAAAAUGCGGUAAACAAUACAUGUGACGUGGAGUUUGAUUUCUCAACGAUUGAUGUGAACGAUCCGAUGUACGAAUCGAUUUGUAUUUGUUGUAACGAAGAAAAGGAAACGGCUCAUUACGGCCAUGUGAGCUGCAAUUUUUGUCCGAAAUCAUUCAAAUCACAUCACAGUUUGGAGCGGCAUUUGUAUUUGUUGCAUUCACCGCUGAAAGAAUACGCUUGUAUACACUGUAACGCAACAUGUCCGAACAGCGAAAUACUCGAUGCUCAUUUAUUGAGCCAUGACACCGGCAAACCAUUUUCAUGUAAUUUCUGUGGCAAAGAUUUUACACGAAAAUAUCACUUGGAUCGGCAUCUAUUGUACACAAGUUGCGAUAAAUCACGAAAGAAACAAGAGACCGCUUGUCAUGUGUGCGGCAAACUGUUCAGCCGUACCGAUAAUUUACGUGAACAUCUCAGGGCUCACAUUGGACAAUCAACGCGUAAACGUGACUAUCAAUGUCCACAUUGCGAGAAAUCAUUCUACGGUUCAUCACUGUUAAACAUUCAUAUACGUACGCAUACUGGUGAAAAACCAUUCUGUUGUGAUUUGUGUGAUAAAUCAUUCCCAUCAAAUGGUGCUUUACGAAAGCAUCGGCGAUCUCAUACUGGUGAAAAACCUUACACAUGCCAAACGUGUGGAAAAAGUUUUUCGGCCAAAGAAACAUUGAAUCGUCACAAUAAGACGCACACCGGUGAACGACCUUAUGCGUGCACUUAUUGCAGCAAGAGUUUUAUUCAGGCAACACAAUUGAGAUCACAUAUGUUCCAUCACACGGGCGAAAAUGGAUUCACAUGCGAACUAUGUGACAGCAAAUUCAAUCGAAAGAAUCGACUGUUAACACAUAUGUUAACCGUUCAUGCCAAAUCAUCGUCAAAUAAAAAAUCAAAAGAUUUCAAAUGUUCCGUAUGUGACAAGGCAUAUUCAUUGAAAACAACGCUUGUCGCUCACGAAAAAACCCAUAAAAUUGAAGAGCCAAACAAAUGCCAAAUUUGUGGAAAAGAAUUUAAAAUGGAAAGUGCCUUUAAACGGCACAUGCAAACAAAACAUCCAUUCGUGGAGAAAACCAUUGACGAUGAAACGAUUGAGAUUAUUAAAGAAGAUCCGACCAAGCCGAAUACGUAUAAAAUCAUUUGUGCUGACACCGAUGAUAAAAUUGUUGAUUCCAAUUAUGAAAUCGAAACGGCCGGUGAAACCGUAUUGGAAAUCUAUGAAUUCAAUGAUGACGACGAAUGCAACGCAAAACCAAUCCAAUCAACUGUGAAUUCAAUGCAAUUUUCUGAAGCCGAAUUGAAAGAAAAUAUUGCACGAUUGCUAAAAACCAUUGUCGACGAAGAUGUACUCACCAAAUUUGGCUAUCCAAAGACACCGAUCGAAAAGGUUUUAAGCGCGGUUAUAAAACAAUGUGGCCAAUCACCUAUCGAUAGUUCGAAUUGUAUUUUACCGGGUAGCAAACUACAAUUACUACGGGAAAAUGUUAAAUUACUAUUCACAACGGUCAUUGAUGAUGAAUCAAUCAAAGAAAUACUAAACAAUCAUUCAAUCGACGAAGCAAUUUGCCAAUUCAACAAAAUAUCCGAGUCAAAUUGAUAUAGAUAGAACAUCUAAAACAGAAGCUUCCAUCCAACCAAUCACCAAUAUGCUACCAUCUAAGAUUAUACAGAAAUGUAGCACAUUUAAGGCCCUGUUUACAUCAAUAAGUAUUGUUAAAUGGACGUUUUUUAAAGCAUGAGUGGUCUAUUGAUCGACAAUUAUUUCGAUAAUUGUUUUCUUUUUUAUAAAUUUUUUACUAUUACAUCAGACAUAUAAAGUUGUGAAGUUGUUUCCAUUUACAAUUUUUUUUAGACAAUUUUCUAGAUUUUAUUUACUAACGAAUAAUUCGUUGAAACGAAUAAACAAUUCUAAAGAGAUUUAAAA